GGCUGAAUUGUACGUGUGCCUUGUAAAACGAGCAUUGACAUCGAUGCCAAAACAAAACAUCUUAUACGAAUUAUAAAAUUACAUAAACAAAGUGAAUUUUUUUGAUAAAUUGAACAAUAACUCUUCAGGAAUUUAGUUUGUGAUGUUUGGUUUGUGACUGGAUCAGUGGUAUAUUUGUAGGCGAUCGUAAAGUUUUUGUUAAACUUUUCACCGAACACAAGCCAUGUGACUAAGACGAAGCAACGAAAUAAAAGUAAUGUGGUUGCUAGUGGCGGUGCUGAGCCUGACGGUGGUGGCGGCCGGCAGCACGUCGUGCGAGGAUGCGCGAAUGCGAUGUGUCUACCGUACUGGCUGUGGCGCCGCAAUCAACAACUACGUGUAUCUUUGUAACGAAGUUCUCUCCAAACCUACCACCGUGUGCCCGAAGGCUUGUGAGCACGCACUCAUCGCGUUAACUUCCACCGAGGAGGGAAAGGAACUCAUGAACUGCCAAUGCGAAGACCAGUAUUGCCUGGAUGCGAAGAAAAGAAUUGAGGUAUGUCGACCUCAAGUAUUGAGAGGAGCUGCUAAUGCAACGUCUUCAUGUCGCCUCGCCCAGCUCAUCUGUUUAGCUGACGCGCAGUGUGCAACAGCUUUAGAUUAUUACAACGAAUUAUGUAGAUCAGUGUAUCGUGGCAGAAAGUGCUCUAAUAAGUGUUUGAACUCCAUAGAAAUUUUGAGGAAGCAAGAGAAAGCGGCGGCCUUAACCGUGUGUCGUUGUGACGGUAACGAAAACUACGAUUGCCCCAGGAUGCAGAACAACCUUGCUAGGCUGUGCUUUCACAAGCACCCAAAGAACCAUACAAAGAGUCACGAGAGAGGCUACGGGGCAAAACAUAAAAAGCACCACCACGAAGAGCUGCCAUCAGCAACGAAUUCCAUUAAUGUAACGACUCUAUUGUUUUUGUUAUGUACAUUUAUCUCUUCGAAUUAUAAUACGUGACACAAGCUUCAAGAUCUACCUCAUAAGCUUAUAUUUUAUACAAAUAUUUUAAUCUUAAUCAAUUAGUCUUUGUAGAUAUGUAUAGACGAGUAUGAUUUAUUUUUAAAUUAAAAUAUAUUAAUUUAUAAGAGAGGGUUUGCAAGGGCUAGGGCGUUUAGGUUACACAUAAGGUUUUAUAUGUGUGCGUGUGAAUGAGUUUGUGUUUAUGGUUAAUACAGAUAUCCGAAUAAAUUUAUCUGUGAAGCUUUAGCCGCCCACGGGGGCAUGCGCAGGCGUCGCGCUAUAAAUACAGCGGUGCCGGUGGUCCGGUGACAAAUGCAGGGUUGUUCCCGUCGCGGCGCCACGCCGAUUGAUCUAAAGCUAGGCGGUUAAGCGACAUGUCAAACAGAUGAAUAUAAAUUCGGCCAUUUUUCAUCUCACUCGAUCUCAUUAGAUCAGAAAAGAAUGCAAUUCAAAGAGUCGAACGUUUAGCGACACGUCGUCGGGAAGUGGAUGUCUGGAGUGGGUAAUUCCGUCGGGCGAAACACUAAUCGUCUUUCGUUGCGCUACAAAAAUGCAGGAUUAGAUACCAGCAAAGCAUUUGACGUUUUUCAUUUUAUUUGUAUCUAUAUUGGAUCAUUAAAAUUUCUUUCAACUUAAUAAAUACGACAUGGUAAAAUUAUAAAUGAAAUCUUUUUAAAAUUUGAAUAAGAAAAUAUUACAUUUAUAGGUCUAAUUACGAUUUAAGAAUUGUAAAGCAAAGAAAGCUAAUACAGAGGCGAACUAUUAUGAAAUUGUACAAUUAGAGGCUCUAACUAACCAGUGGGUACAAUGUAACUAGUGGGUACAAUGUUUCGUAUUUUUCAUAACGGAAAAUAUCUUUUUUAAUUUUCAAUUAAGUAUUUGAUAAAACAUUAUUAUUCUGUACCAGGUAUGACAGAAAAAAAUGAACUCGAUCUGACAUUUACAUACACGAAUUUUGAUUCGACCUUUGAAAUGUUCUAUUUUUAAAAUAUUUUUAUUUUACGUGUCAAGCGGCGCUGUCAUAUUUGAAGGAUAUAUAUUUUAAAGCUCUCAUAUUCUAAUUUUAAUUUAGAACAUGACGUUGACUUCAAUAGCGAGUGUAAUUGUGAAUUCACCGUGUAAUAUACAAAGUCGUGAUAUUUCCAUGAAGAGUCCAUGGAUGGAAGUUAAAUCGUGGUUUCUUACCUUAAGCUGAGUCGCCCUGUAAUGAAGAGGUUCGGAACCGGUUCUGACAGAGCAAGGUCCUACAAACAGUUGAAUACGAAAGUGAACACAUAAAAUACAUUUUCCAACCUAAUUUUAUUUUCUUUUUACGCGUUAAAAUUAAAAAUUGGACCAAUAUCAUGUUUUUAUCACUCAUUCUGUAUAUUUUUUAUAUUUCUUUUGUUGAUUGUAUCAUCUUUCUAAAAGGUCGGAGAACAUGUAAUCUGAUCGUUUAACAAAAAAGCGUUAAAUUUUAUAUGGAAAUAGAUUGUUCUCGGUAUCGCGAGUUUGAUUAAUAUAUUUUUUUUUACCUGGAAUUGUAUUUUAAAAAUUAUCUUUUAAAGAUAUUUGUGCUGAACAAUUUAUGACUAUAUAAGACUUCAGUCGUGUAAAUAUAUGAAUGUAAUAAUAAAAAAAAACAGGCGCGGUUCAUCAAUCAUUCGUACGUAGUGGUGUUACUAAAAUAGAGCAAUUGUUCGAUUUGAAAUUGAGGUGAAGUGUAAGUCGAAUCUAUUUUAGAUUUUAAAAACAUAUCGCAUAGAGGCAAGUAUUAAAAUAGUAACUCCUUUCGUUUGAAUUGCAGUGCGUCAAAUAGAUUUUAUGUUUUAUUUUUACUACUUGUAUUCUUCGAAGGCCUAAAGGAUCUUUGGAUAAAACAUUAAAUCUUUUCCAUCAGUAUUGUUUGGUAUGCAACUCGCAAACAAUUGCUUACUAAUGUUUCAUCGCCAGAAUGAUGUCGUCUUUAUGCAUAAUGCAGCAGUCACGAUAAUGCACAGACUAUGCAUGGAGUAGUAUAGUCCACUUUAUUUUUUUUUCACACAGAAUGACUUUCAUGUGAAAUCAUAUUCAUUUGACUUCUUGCAUUACGCAAAUUGAAUUUAUACUAACUAUUGUCUAUUUUGAAGUGAUGUCUUGUCUUCUUCUUGUCUAUAUUAGAAGAAGACGAUAGAUCAGUUUAUAUUUAAGGAGAAAUUUAUCUAAAAAUUAUUGAAUUCGAAUUCAAAUGUCCUUAUUAAAUAAUAACAGAUUAAGAAAUCACCCAGACUUGAAUAUCCGGCGACAAAAACUCUUAUUAUAUAACGUUACAAAAUGAAACGUUGUUGGAAGGAAAAAAGAGGUUUCACUUUAAUACCGUGUACAGUGUGUUACUGCCAGUGUGAAUAUAUUAAGUAAUUUAUAAAAAUAAGUAUUAAUAAUGUAAAUAGUCAUUUUGUGAGUGUGUUUGCAUGUGUUUUAAUUGUUUGACUGUUGUAGCUGACCUCCUUAUGCCAGUUAUGAUUUAGAUUCAUCAUUUGUAAUAGAUGUACUUAGUUUGAUAAUUAUGUAUUUCAAAAAAUAUAUUUUAACGUAAAUAUUUAAAAACCAUUACUAAAUCAAGCUAAGUAAAAAUAAUAUUGACCGAAUAUGUGUAUAUAAUAAUAAAAAAAAUGCAAAGGCAAAGGUGCAAAUCGUUAUUUAUACUAAAUAUAAAUAUUUACGUUAAAAUCGAUUUUUAUAAAAACUUAUUAACCACAGUUUACCAAAGUGAGAUUAUUAGUAUAGUUCAGAAAUUGUAAAUAAAUUAGCAUCGUAUAUGGUAAUCGUACAAAGUAUUUUAGAUUAAUAUUAAUUAUUUAUUUAAUUACUUUAGAAUUAGAUAUAAUAAUUGUUGCAUUUGUUUCGUUUUCGCAAAAACCUUUUAUGGAUUUUAGUUGUAUUUAUUUUACAAAAUUAAAAAAUAAAAUUUUCUGUUUUCUAAA